AUGCACGAAGAUUUUAUGAGCCAACAAGCUGUUGAUUUCCACGAAGGACUGGAAUGGAUGAAUAUGAUUCUUUCUAGCUGUCAUAUUUUGAGUAAUAUUAUUCAAGAUGUACUUUCUUCUUCAAAAUUGGAAUCAGGAACCGUGGAAUUGGACCUUUCCAACUUCGAUUUAGUGUACUCGAUAGAAGAAAUUAUUUCUAUCAACAGUGUUACAGCAUUCAAGAAAGGUAUUGACGUAGGACUUGAAAUUGAUAUCAAGCGAGGAUCAAAACACAGAGUACCAAUUGUUGUUAAAGGAGAUGUUCACAAAUUCCAACAAAUUUUGACAAAUUUGAUGGGAAAUGCAAUCAAGUUCACUCAUACUGGAUCUGUUACAGUCUCAGUUGAUGUUCAAGAUGAGACAGAAAACGCUGUUAAGGUGUUUGUUGUCGUUUGUGAUACAGGUAUUGGUAUCCCCAAAGAAAAACAAAAGAUUUGUUUAAAGUUUUUCGCGACUUAA